AUGCGAGAUGUGCCCCUGGUGCCCACCGUAGCAAGGAUCAGCGACGACCGGCAGAGACUGACCCGGCAGCGCAUCGAAAACACGUUGUGCCACUCGCGCGCCAUCCAGGCCGAGGUCAUCAAGUACCGCGAUCGCGUGUCCGGCAAGCUGGUCGAAGCGCGCAUUCCGUCAGCGGUGCUGGCUUUGCUCCGACUGAGGGCUUCUUGCAGUGGGAAGCCUGUCUCAGAUCUCCGUCUCGCACGGAUGGCGGCAGAUGUGAUGGAGGAGCACGCCUUCGACCCCGUGCGAGCGGUGGCGGCCCUGUCUCCUUCCUCGAUCCUGUGCCCGACGGGAGCCCUGCGCGUUUUGGGCAGCGGCUUUAUUGGCACGGUGUUCCUGGAAGAGGAGACGGGGGAGGUCGCCAAAGUUAUGCUGGACGACUUCGCCAAGAAGGAGUACGACCUUUGCCGUGCGUUUGCCUCUGCACGCCUAGCACCAUCGCCGAUUUCACUGGAUGGCCCUUGCUGCGUUCCCGGCGGAGAGCUGUACUGUAUUCGAAUGGAGCGAAUCACCAACACACUCCACGACGUUCUUUGCGCAAAAGGCUGCCGGGGCCUCCGCCACGGCCUUGCGCCGCCCGACGCGGGCGUGGCGAGGAGGAUCGGCUCCGCCAUGGUCCAAGCCUUCCAGGACAUGUUCGAUGCGGGGCUGGUCCACGGCGACCUGCACUUGAAGAAUGCGGGCUUGAAAGAUGUGGAGUCCAAUCCGGCGGUUCAGCUGAUCGACUUCGGGCGUUCUGCCAGCAAGGCUGCAUGUACAGACAAGCCUUGCAAUGAAGCGUUCCGCGCCGGCCACGAGUACGACGUGUGUCGAUUUGUUGUGGAGCUCUGCGAGGCCUUUGACGGGCUGCAGUACGACUUUGAGAAGGUUGUCCAGGAGUGUCAGAAGGAGCUCCGAGAGCUGAAGAGGACCAAGGAGGCUGCGUCGCCUGUUGCCGAUUGGGAGCUACACCAUGCCCGGCAGAUUGCAGGCCUACAGGCCUUCUUGGCGGAAGAGCCCAAGGGACUGGAGCGGGCCGAAGCCGCUUUCGACGCGGUGUUGAGCGUGGUGUUGAGCUAUGCCAUGGUCCGCCUGGAGCUUCCCGUGGAGGGGGCGGCCUCCGUGCGAAAUCGCCGCAUGCGCCAGGUCUGCAAGAAGCGGGAGACGGCCAGCCACAAGGUGUACUUCAAGUCGGACUUGUUCUGGUCCGAGGAUUUGGGCUGA